GAAAAUAGUGACAACAUGGCAGGUUGUUUUCUGUGGUUUUAAAAGUUCCAGCCGGUUUCGGCUUGGGAAAAAUUAAUAAAAAUACCAAAAUUAUAAACUUUAUAGUUCUCCAGUUAAUUUAAUGCGUUUUAACUUUCCACUUGAGGCCUUUUUGUGUUUUUUUUGUAUAUUUUUAAAGUGAUAAAUAAGCAAACUGCAUAUCUUUAGUUCUUUAAAAAUUAUUAUGAUAUAGUAGAUAAAAUUUGUACAAACCUAGAAAAGUGAAUCAUGUUACCUUUAUCGCAUAAGGAUAAUUACCACAGGGGCUUCGGCUCCCAGUUAAAAGAGAAAGUCUAUGGAUGGAUUAGACUUAUUUUUUCUGAUAGAAAUUCCAAAAAUUUAUUCCUGUUUUUACUACUAAAUUUGUCGUUUGCCUUCGUAGAAUUAGUUUAUGGGGUAUGGAGCAACAGUUUAGGUUUAAUAUCUGAUUCCUUCCAUAUGUUUUUUGAUUGCACUGGAUUAUUGGCUGGCAUGGUAGCAACGGUAAUAACUAAAUGGAAAGCAAAUGAUAAAUUUUCUUAUGGUUAUGUGCGAGCAGAGAUUUUAGCUGGUUUUGUAAAUGGACUCUUUCUUUUAUUCAUAUCAUUUUUCUUAAUGUCUGAGGCUGUGGAAAGGGCGAUUGAACCUCCAGAAGUAAAACAUGAGAGACUAUUCAUCGUAUCAGUACUUGGUUUGCUGGUAAAUUUGGUGGGAAUAUACGCCUUCCAACACGGCCACGGGCACUCUCACGGCGGCGGCUCGUCGCACGGGCAUUCUCACGGGGGCGGCGGCCACGGCCACUCGCACAACAGCCACGCCCACGACCACGCCAUGGAAAUCGACGCGAGCGGCGCCAACUCGCAAAUCAUGAAGGGGGUCUUUUUGCACAUUCUUGCGGACACCCUGGGCAGCGUGGGGGUCAUAAUCAGCGCCAUCUUGAUGCAGAGUUUCGGCUGGAUGAUCGCCGAUCCCAUCUGCUCUAUGUUCAUAGCUAUCCUAAUCGCGCUCAGCGUUCUGGCCCUUAUCAAAGAUUCCAUUAUGAUAUUGAUGCAAAGGCAACCUUAUGCUUUGGAUAACGUGCUUCCGCAAUGUUAUCAGAAAGUUGUCAGUUUAGCAGGGGUGUAUUCCGUGCAGGAGCCACACUUUUGGACGUUGUGUAGUGAUAUUUACAUAGGGGCUAUCAAAUUGGAGGUGUCCAAGAACGUGGAUCCAAAAUACGUAGUUUCGCACACCCAAAUGAUUUUUGCUUCGGUUGGCGUGAGGCAGAUUUACAUUCAAUUGGACUAUACACCAAUGUGAAGUAUGUAUUAAGAAUAAAUUCAAUUAUUUUAUAAAAUUGAUUAUUUGUGGAAGAUGAAAAUUUAAAAGUGCAAAACUGACACUAUAAUUCGUUUUUAUUUUUUGCAUUAUUUAUGUAUUAAAUUAUACAACAUUAUUUGUUUAUUAUUGAUGGUAUAACCCAAUUGAUUGGCAAACAAACCCUAAAAUUUAAAACUAAAAUAUUUGUGGUCAUAAAAUAAACGUCUUCAAAUAAAAACGAAUCUAAUCAAUAAAUAAAAUACAUUUUAUUGAAUAACUACUUAAAACUUAA